UUUCGUUAUGCAAUACAGCAAUAGGUUACCUAACUUGGGUGUAUUUACAUUUUUGUAGCCUGGGCAUGCAUGUUAUGAAUCAAAUAGUCUGAUUGAAGGCCCGGAUUUGACAUGCGAUUCUUAAUACAGUAAUACCACAAAACGGAGCAGUUAAGGAAUUAAAAAAAUUCAUGAAAUGGCUUUUACAACAUCUGAUCUACUUCGACUUCCGUUGCUUGUAUUUUUUGAUGCAAUUGUGGCAAAUAGAAUCAACCUUUGGAGUUUUGGAUUUAUUGCUGGAUAUGCACUCUCUUGCAUCGGUUUAUGCAUCAGUAUUGGAAUAUUCACCUGUCAACCUCCAAUUAUAAUCAAAUUCUACAGAUUGACUGCUGCAAUUUUGGUUCAUUGUGUAGUACUGGGAUGGAAUUAUUCAGUGACAAGACUAAUUCACCAUGAUUAUUAUUUCAAUAAUGAUUACAACAAUUCAGCAAUGAGCCAAAUCAACGAUUAUAUAUGGAAUGGAAAAGAAUUACAAUUUAGAGAGAUUGACUUCACUGCAAAAGCAUUAGUUUGCUUUGGGGCUUUGCAAAUAUUUUGCUGGAUUAACCUCAUGCUUUUGGAACGUCCAAUAUCAUCAAGUACAAUGCUGAUCACUACAUGCCCUGCCUAUGCAUUGAUGUUGAAUAUAUCAAGCCAUACACUUUCAUUUCUCAUAUUUCUAUCAAGUGUACCUGUGUUUUUAAUAUGUUUGGAAAAACUCAAAGAAAUUUAUGCUGGGGCAAGCCACAUAAGAUUGCCAAGAUUUGAAGGGGGGCAGUUGAAUAUUGAUGAUGCUUUUACUUCAAUCAACACAACAUGGGUCAUAUGCAGAGUGCCUACUGUUCUUAGACUCUAUUUUGUUCUAAAAUGUGUAUGGGCAUUUGUAAUUUUAAGUGGUACCAACAGGACAUUUGAAACAGAAAUAUAUUCUGGAACCAAAAGAAGCGGACUUUAUUAUUAUUUUGUACCGUCACCAGCGGUAUCAAAGUCAUCAAAAGAAUACUGGGAGGAUUGGGAUGGUAUUGGAGGAUAUUUCCCUCAGGAUUUGAAAGAAAGAAAUUUAUCUCUGAUUGAAGGAAUGUCCGCCCUUCUAACAGAUUCCCUAAUAUCAUCAUUUUCUGUCGGAGCUGCUAUUUCUGUUAUCGGACAUUAUUCUGGUGUGGGCUUGCAUGAUUUUGUUGGCGGAAAUGACAUCAUGCAAGGAGAAGCGUUGGGAAUGAUGUCCUCAGUUCUUUUUUGCUUACUCGCCAUUCAAACUGGAUUAAGUAGUCUUCCACCAUGGAAGCGAAUAGUCAGACUCUACAGGAAUUCAUUUUUACUUUUUACUGCGGUUCUUCAUUUUUUUCUUGACGUCGUCCAUCCUGUUUUGAUGUCAAUUAGUCCACAAGCACAUAUCCCUUUCAAAAAACAUAUAAGACCACUGUUGAUAUGCCUCGUUCUGUUUUUUGUGCCAAGUGCAAUGUGCUAUUGGCUUAUCACAACAAGGCCAUUGUCAACAUGGAUGAUUGCACUUACAGCCUUUAAUUUUGAACUUGUAAUAAAGGUUAUAUCAACAUUAUUAGUAUACAGUCUUUAUGUCUUGGAUUCAAGGUCGCAAACCAAUGGAAUUAUAUAUUUGGAUGAAUAUGUAUUUUGGAUUCGUUCCAUAAGUCAUGUUAUCGAAUUCAUUUGUGGACUCGUCAUGUUUAUUAAUGGAGCUUAUAUAUUGUUUUUUGAAUCCAGUAACUUGCUGCGGGCAAUCAUGAUGUCUAUGCAUGCAUAUAUCAACAUAUACAGGACAUUUCGCGAAGGUCUGAAAACGUUAAACAAUCGUAGGACGGUAAAUAAUAAAAUUGCAUCAAUGUCACUGGUUCAAGUUGAGGAAAUUGAGGAAAAAGAUAGAGAUGUUUGUAGCAUAUGCUAUCAAGAAUUUAUUGCAGAUAAUGGUGAAGUAAGAAAGACUCAUUGCAAUCACAUGUUUCAUUCGCAAUGCAUUCGAAAGUGGAUAUUUAUUCAAGAUUCAUGCCCAAUGUGUGAUAGAGCAUUGUUUCCCACUGACAAUAAACAGGAUUAAUAAUGAACUAGAAAUUUGACUUCUGGUUUUGAUAGUUUCCAGAUAUAAAAUUUUCACUAAUUUUUCACAUCUUUAUUCAGAAAUGUUGCUUUUUAUGAUUUGACAAAUAAAUUCUGAAAGAUUAUAAUUU